CAGUGUCUGCGCAGGCUCACGGGCAGUCUAGCAUGAAACUCUCAAUAGGUUACCCGUUUCACGUUUCACAACUGGUAUACACCUGUACAUAAAUAUAGGAAGAGGAUGAUGUGACGUUUUUGCGAAAUUUUGCGUUUCCAGCAUUAAGGAAAGUCAAGGCUGAAAUCUCGUUAGAUGACAAGAUACUGUUUUGAAGUUUAAGCACUCCUGGGCCAGCUUCUGUAUCCAAACGUCGUAUGAUCGGACACCGUUUACUCAAUUUACUGGGCAUCAAAAAGUCUGGAGAAUGGAUCAGUCGAUUUUGGAGUCCCUCUCUAUGCCGCAGCGGCAGAAAGUCACCAGACAGUUACGUAAAGAACAGGUGAAGAAAUACCUUGAAUUCGUUAAACUGGAGAGAGAGAAACAUGGCAGUCUGAAGAGGGAACGCAGAGAAAAUAAGAAGAAGACGAAGGUCGAAUUUGGAGAGACCCUGCUACUGCAGGAUGCGGUGGAGAACUUUGAUGAUAGAGAAGUGGCUCGGCUGCUACGUAGAGGAGCCAACAAAAAUUUCAGGACUGGUAAUGACACAUCCCUGUUACACAAAUGCGUUGAAGAGGAGAACUUUUCUACUGCUGAGAUGUUGAUCCGGGAGGGCGUCGACGUCAAUGCAAUGGACAUAGAUGGCUGGACACCGUUGCACAUGGCCUGUCACUGCCAGGCAGUCGAAAUGGUUCAGCUGCUUCUCAAUAAUGGUGCAGACAUAACUAAACUUGACAUGGAUGGAUUUUUCCCUAUGGACCAUGCACCUGAGGAUUCUGACACUCGAGAGCUGAUGCUCAAACACAUGCAGGGGCUAGGAGUCAAUGAGAAACAUCUGGAGGGGAUUCGACUGAAGAUACCACGGGAAAUGUUCAACAAUGUCAAGGACCACCUGUCCCAGGGCGGAAGUCCCAACAAAGGAAAUGAGGAUGGGGUAACCCUGCUUCACAUUGCUUGUGCUAAUGGGUACAGAAAGGUCAUCCGUCUGCUACUGAAGCAUGGAGCAGACGUCAAUCAAGCAGACAGUUAUGGAUGGACCUCUCUUCACAUUGCAUCCAAAUUCAACCAGAUGAGAAUUGUCCAGACACUGUUAAAGUCUGGAGCUGACCCACUGCGAAUGGACUCCAACAACUGCACUCCCUCACAAGUAUCCACCAAUGACAACAUUCGAGCCCUGCUGACCAAGGCGGAGAGGAAGCAGAAGAAGAAAUUGUCCUGGAGAGACUCGGAGCUCCCUGACAAUCUGGGAGAUGAUGAUGAUACAGAGGCAGAAGAUGAGACAGGCUAUCUCGUUCGCAUCAACAGCAAAAACGUUCGAUCCCGGCACACAACUUUGGCAAAGGAGGAUGAGUUAAUGGAGGCAAGACAGAGAGAAGAGAAUCAGAGAAGAACGAAGGGAAGUGAAGAACAGAUGGAGAAGGACACCAGGACAGAUUACCAUGAUGACAAACAGUCAGCAGACGACAUCUACGAGGAAAUCUACAUCUCCAAAAUCUGGAGAAAUGUCAACGAGGCCAAGGCUCAGCUGCCCACACAGAUGGACUCGGACAAUCUGGCAGAUCUCGCAGACAUCUCGGAGAGUGCCAUUCUGAGGGAAAUCCAGACACGGUUCACCGGAGGACAAAUCUACACCUAUAUAGGAGAUAUGUUGAUUGCUGUGAAUCCGUUUCAAGAUCUGCAGAUGUACUCUAAAGAGGUUUCACAGAAGUACCAUAGUAAGAGUUAUGUCCCUUUGCCUCCACAUGUCUAUGGUGUGGCGGAGAGAGCCCACAAAUGUCUUCUCUCCACCAACUCCUCGCAGUGCUGUGUCAUCUCCGGGGAGAGUGGUGCUGGCAAAACGGAGACCUGUAAAUACCUGGUACAACACCUGGUGUGUAUUGCAGGAAGUGAGGAGAGCAACCUCAACAGCAAAAUAUCACAGGUAAAUCCCCUGUUGGAGGCUUUCGGCAACGCCAAGACGGUGGUCAAUUCCAAUUCUAGUCGAUUUGCCAAGUUCAUGCAGCUUAGCUUCAAUGGAAAAGGAAAAAUUGUUGGAGCCAACCUGACUGAGUUUCUACUGGAGAAAUCCAGGGUGGUGUCUCAGGGAGAGGGGGAGCUGAACUUCCACAUCUUCUACUGGAUGUUCUCCGGAAUAUCACUGGAAGAGGCCAACCUGUAUCAGCUCCAGGACAUCUCAAAACACAGAUACUUAUCUCAGGAGGGUAUGGAUACAAAAAGUCUGAUAAACACGGCCAACAAAGAGAAGUUCUGGGAACUCAAGCAGUGUCUGCAGUAUGUAGGAUUUACCACUGAUGAUAUUCAGAACAUUCUUCAGCUGUUAGCAACUCUUCUUCACCUUGGUGAUGUCACAUUUGGUAGUCAAGGAAACCAUGAUGCUGCAGUAGUAACCAGUCAUGAGAAACUGGAGUUAGUGUCGGGCAUGUUAGAGGUGUCCAGUGAGGAACUGGGGUCAGCCCUGGUGGCAGAUUUCACUGUGACAAGAGGAGAACAAAUCAGAAAGGACCGAACCAAACAACAGGCGGGAGAUUGUCGCGAGGCCCUUGCUAAAACUCUUUACAGCCGAUUGUUUAGCUGGAUUGUCAACGGAGUCAAUCAAAUGAUACAACCCAUCGACCCCAGUGGUGACCAGUUCCAGAUUGGGAUCUUGGAUAUCUUUGGAUUUGAAAAUUUCACCAGGAACAGUUUUGAGCAAAUUUGUAUAAAUCUGGCCAAUGAGCAGAUGCAGAGCUAUACAAAUGAAUACAUAUUCAUGAAAGAGCAAGAAGACUGUUUGUUAGAGGGUGUGCCAUUGGUGGAAAUGAAUUAUAAAAAUAACCAACCAAUCAUUGAUGCCUUCUUGGAGAAAAAUUUAGGAAUUCUAGCCAUCAUUGAUGAGGAAAGCUGGUUUCCAAAAGGAACAGAUUUUUCUCUUGCCACCAAACUUCAUCAGGGACCAGGGGCCAAGUUUCCAGAGGUGUACAAAACCCCAAAGGACAAGGGGGCUCGUUUUACAAUCAUUCAUUAUGCUGGUGUAGUUCAGUAUGACCUGGUGGGUGUGUUGAAGAAAAACCGAGACACCAUGCCUAAUGCAAUCCUCUGUACCAUGAAGACCAGUAACAGCCUGCUGGUGAAGGAGCUGUUUCAAAGCCGUGUCACCAGGACUGGUUCCCUGGCCCCCAGCGCUCGGCAACAGAGAUCCAGAAAGUCCAGACAAUCACCUUUUGACUUCUUCAAGAAACUGAAGGGAGGUCGAUCAAAAAAGAAACCAAUAACCCCUGUGGUGUCGUAUGAGAGGAAAGGACCCACAACGAUGGCCUAUCAUUUUAAGAACUCCUUGUCGGACCUAAUGGCCAAAAUCCAAACAGCCACACCUCACAUCAUACGCUGUAUCCGACCAAACAUCGAGAGAAAACCGCUUGUUUUUAUCCCGGAAUAUGUCCUAGCUCAGAUGAGAUACACAGGGAUUACUGAGACAAUCAAAAUAAAGAAAUAUGGAUACGCUAGCCGCGUCAAGUUUCGGGACUUUCUAGUUGUAUACGAGACUUUGAGGUAUUUUGUGGUUCCUCCGUUCUGUAUGAUUCCGGAUGAACAGAAAUGUCGAGAGGUCAUCAAGUUCUGUGGACUGAGCACAGACGCAGAUAGUCACAAGGUGGGGAAAUCCAAGGUGUUUUUCCAUGAGACAGAUAUGAAGAAAAUUGAUCAAGUUUCCAGUGAAGUUAAAAAAAAAGUUGUAGUCUGUCAAUCAGCUGUUCGAAGGUUUUUGGCUAAGAGAAGGUAUGCUGAGCUUCACAAGAUUUCUAUGGAGCAGAAUGAAAGAAAAGUGCAAGAGUUGUGUCACCAGAUGUCGCUGCAGCAUGAUAAAGUGACCUCCUGGAUCCAGUACUCCAGAGAUCAUGAUGAGGGCAGAGUUCACCAGGCUCAAAAGUCCACAGAGCAGACAGAUAUCAGUGGGUCUUUGGAUAGCCUUGAUGAUAUUCUUAGUCAAUAUGACAGAGUUCCUGGAAAAGAAUCGGAUGAUACCGAGGAUGACAGCGAGGAAGACACCACUUACGCCGAUAUUGCCAAUGUAAUGUCUGACAUGAGUGUUCAACACAGACGAGGGUUACCUCCCCCUCCCUGUGGGGCAUUUAUCUCCCCUGACAGCCCCCCUCCAAAUCCUAGGGAGAUGUACAGUCAGUCUGGGAUUUAUGAUGUCAUACCAGGGGAAAAGGCCACAAGGAGACCUCCUCCACCCAAGAGAAGUUCCAGUACAAGACUUAGCUCAGGACGAGACAGGGUAUCAACAUCCAGUGACGACCCAGUUUUCUUAGAUGAUCCUCACAGAUCAGCCAAUCGGCAUUCACCUCACCAGUCACCAAAGUUAUCUAGGUCACCCAAGCAACAUCACGCCCAGGUUAGGAGGUCGUCAUCUCCAGCGCCCGCCAUCCCCUCCCCUAACCAGGCACGACCCUUCUCUUAUGUGUCUGCCCUCCCCAGCUCCCCACAGCAAUCCAAUGAACAUUUAGACUUAACAUCCCCAGGCUCACCGACAUAUGAACCCAUCAAACAAUCAUACCCUCAAAAUGGACAUCAUGGGGAUGGUCAACGUCGUAAGUCUUCCAAUCUUGAUGUCAGAACUGUUCAGCCUUCCCAUAAUGCUCCAUACCAGAGGCCCUCCACGGGGGGUUCUCCAAAUUCUCCUCGGAGACAGUCCAUGCCGAUUAGACCUGUCACACCUCCCCAACAUUUGAGGGACACAAACUUUCCACAACAUGUAAAGCCAUUCGUCCCUGCCCAGCUUGAUGUUAUGCAUGAACAGGAACCGAUGGGACCAUCUGUGAAAAAACACAGACCCCCAAGCUUCCCUGCACCUCCCAACCCUCUGUCUGGUAGUAUAAAGGCCCAUGGAAGCAUGCGAUCCCCCUCUCCACCUCUACCCCCACCCCCCUUAGAAAUGGGAAGUGGACAGCAGGUUUCCGGUCAGCAUUUUGGAAAUAGGCAGGUUUCUGGGAGUGAGCCCCCCACCCCACCCCCAAUCUCAAAAAUCCCAGGUAACAGGUCCUCUGUGACGUCGUUUGAGCUGGGUAAGAAAAUGAGGGAAGGUUCAGUGGACUUAAGUCCCUUAAAUUCUCCCACUCAUCACUCCAGCUUUGCAUCCCAACUCAACAAAGUCCAGCUAAAAGCUGCCGGAGCACCACCUGCUGAGCAGGAAAAGGAGACACUCAAGCAUGUUGCCAUGGGGAUCGCUGCUGAGCUUGGGAAGGUACAACUUCGGUCUAGUCCAAAAGAUGUUCCCAAAAGUAGUAUGCCACAGGGCAGUAAGGAAACUUCGCCUGAGGCACUUCUAGUGAAGCUGAACCCAGUCAAGGCCACAGGAGGAAGUAAAACUACACCAGAGAGUGAGACUGAGACAGGGGUCAAAUUUGUAGCAAAACUGAAAUCAACUGGGGGACCAAAACCUUGGGAAAAAGAUACAUCACCUCCUUCUAAUUUUGCGGAUGCUGGCAUGAAUGUGAUGACAUCAUCUCUGGACGAUGAACCGCUUCCUCCUCCCCCGUAUGAAGAGGAACCAUUAACUGAACUCCCUCUACCUCCCCCACCCCCAGAAGACAAUGAAUUGAAUCAGCCCCUUACCCCUGUGGUCAUGGAAACUCCAUCAAUAGCAGCUGGCAAAGAAAAUCUGAAUAAGAGAAAAAUGUUUGAAAAAGAGAAGAAGGAUACUGGUGACAAUAUGGACAUUGAUCUGGAUGAAAUUGAUUACAGUCAAAUUCCUGGUUAUGUUCCCAUUACAAAUGCUGUACCAAACUGGAAGAAAGACAUGAUAAUAAAGAAGAAUGAAGAAAAAGUUCGGGAAUAUGUGGAGGAAUUGAGGCGGAAGAAGGCAGAGGAGCUGAAGUGGAAGGAUGUUCCAGAGUGGAAGAGAAAGAUGUUGGAGAAGAAAGAGAAAGAAAAGCGGGAACAGGAGGAAGUGAUGACACAAGCAAUGCUGAACAAAGAAAAGGCCAAGACCUCAAAAAUAAAACCUGUAUUACAGAAACGUCAGUCCUUUGAUGAAACCCAAACCAACAAUGCAACAAAUAACACCGUCCCUGUUACUAAGAAACCUGUAUCCCCUGUUACUAAGCAACCUGAAACCCCACCUGUUGCUAAGCAACCAGAUAAACCACCUGUUACCAAACAACUAGGAACACCACUUGUUACUAAUGCUCCAAAGAAUUCAACCAAAGUCACAAAUGAUAAAACUGAUAUAGGUAAACAUCCGUCAGUAGAUACAAUAGACAUCAAAGAUUCACAGGAUUACUCACAUAAGGGUGGAUCACAUGAUCAAUACUCUGUCAGUGAAGGGUCACAUGACAAUGGGUCACAUGACCAAUAUGUGGAGGAUGCGUCACAAAACCACAGUGUUGAGGAUGUGUCGCAUGGCAACAGUUUGAAGGAGAACUUGCAUAACGAGGGGUCACGUGACGGCCGUAAAGAUAGGUCAUAUGAUGGAAGUGUUGAGGAUAUGUCACAUGACCACGGUGUUGAGGAUGUGUCACAUGACCACGGUGUUGAGGAUGUGUCACAUGACCACGGUGUUGAGGAUGUGUCACAUGACCACGGUGUUGAGGAUGUGUCACAUGACCACGGUGUUGAGGAUGUGUCACAUGACCACGGUGUUGAGGAUGUGUCACAUGACCACGGUGUUGAGGAUGGGUUGCAAAAUGAGGGAUCACAUGAUCUCUCUUUUGAGAAUGAGAAACAGAGUGUUGAUAAUCAACGAGACGAAGAGGAGAGAAAGAGGCAGGACAAAAGGCGACAGAUGGAAAUGCAGGCACAAAUGGAAAAGGAAUUGGCAGAUGUUCCAGAGUGGAAGCGAGAAAUCAUGCUGAAAAAAGGUGCAGCGCCAUCAAACUGGGGCGAUGAGAGAGAAGACAUCAACCGUGACGAGGAGGGAAAUGAAAAUCAUGAAUGACAUGAUUCCAGAAAAUUAGGUCAUUUUAUUUUUAUAUAAUUCAUUAAUGAUUCCUACACAGUUACGUUGGUCUUUAAGAAGACAUCUGUGUAACAGGGUGUAUGGUAAUGUUGUCUGCCAAUUCUCUCCUUCAUUUGUUGCUGUCUAUAAAGUUCGGGGAGGGGGGAGUGGCUUUAGAAUCCGAUUGUAUUUGGCAUAUUUUAAUGUCUUUUGCAUGAAAUGCAAUUUAGAAAAUGGAUUAUCUUGAUACAGGUGAUUGUAAUUUUACACAUAUAAACAGUACAUUAUUUUGCAUGGUUUUUUUUGUCUUGAGGGAUAGUACAAAACUGAGAUUAAGAAGGAAUAGUACAAAACUGAGAUUAAGAAGGAAUAGUACAAAACUGAGAUUAAGAAGGGAUAGUACAAAACUGAGAUUAAGAAGGAAUAGUACAAAACUGAGAUUAAGAAGGAAUAGUACAAAACUGAGAUUAAGAAGGAAUAGUACAAAACUGAGAUUAAGAAGGAAUAGUACAAAACUGAGAUUAAGAAGGAAUAGUACAAAACUGAGAUUAAGAAGGAAUAGUACAAAACUGAGAUUAAGAAGGAAUAGUACAAAACUGAGAUUAAGAAGGAAUAGUACAAAACUGAGAUUAAGAAGGGAUAACACACUUAUUAAAAUUGUCAGGAAUGAAAAACGGGGUAUGUUUGAUAAUGUUGUGUUGUUGAAAAUUUUAAAAUUUGCCUUGUGUAACAAAAAAUUGACAUGUGAAAUUUUAUUGUAAAAUUGAGACUUUUUUUCCAUAACCUUGUGGGAAUUGAAUACACAACCUACCGAUUAGCCAGCAUAUUACACAACCUACCGAUUAGCCAGAAUAAUGGCCUUGUUCACCAAUUUACUCAGACAAGAGAAGAAUUUUAAAAGGACAGAAAAUAUAUUUCUGAUUUUAUUUUGGCCUCAUUGACAUACUUCCGUUUGAAAAAUUGUGAUUUUGUGUAUUAGUCCUCAUAACUGAAAAGGGAAACCCCACUCUUCCUUGAGGUGACUUGUGCAGUUAGAGAAAAUGUAAUAUUUAAAUAUUCAUGAAUUUCUGUAAACAUUUGAUUCCUAGUUUAUCACAUGUCACCAUAACCAUAUUGUGUAUGUGUAAUUAAAACUACUUAUUUAUUGUGGAUGUCGGGAUAUAUACUGCUCAAAGUUUGGUUAUAAGAGCAAAGAAUUCAUUUCAUUCCCUGCACGAUUUGGGAAAAUGCUAGCUUUGUACUGAAGUAUAUAUGAUGUUUUAUUACAAUUAAUUAAGUUAUACAAAGAUGUAAUGCUUUUAUUAGUGCUUUUUGUCAGACUGCCAUAUUUAAAGGAAUAUUUGUUUUCAGGAUUUUUUAUUUUUUUUUAAAUUCCUUUGAGCAGAAUUUUACUUGAGCACAAUUAAAAAUAAAGUUUUACACAUUUAACUGAUGAGAGCAAUGAAUUAGCAGGUCCAUUUCAGGCAAUUAAUUGAAUACAUGUACAUUGAAGAGCAGAAUAACAAUAAAAUCUAGUUACUAUUUAAGUAUUGUGUAGUCUUUUUGUUGGUAUAUUGUAUGUGUGACUGUUCUUACAUUGUCUAGAAGUAAACUAUGUGCAAAGAUGGCUUUUGGCAACAAAGAUAACUAUGAAUUUAUUUUAGUUCAUAGUUUGAGUGAUCUCCCUUUCAUUGCUAAUGUUUCAGCAAAAUAUCGCCCAAUAGGCUGAGCAGAAUCUGUGCUAAAUUCUAUAGAAUCUCAACCCUUUAUGAAAAUGAGUGUCUUUACUGUGUUCAUGUGCGUCUGAUUGUCCAUCAACAAGUUCACGAAUCUUUUUGCAUUUUGCUGAGUUGCCUAAAAAUACCUGCCUUGAUAUUGCAAACAUGUUGGUUUUAUUUAGUAGACAUAUUGAUAUUUUGUGCAAAUGGCUUUAGUAGCGAUUUAUUCAUGCCAAAGUUUUAAUGACAUUAUUGUAUUAUGCUCUUUAUAUAUAUAUAUACAAUUUGCGUUCAUUUGCCUAGCGGUGCUUUAUUUAUAUUUUUUGUUUUAUUUAUUUUAUCAUGUUUUACCUUACAAGGUAUCGCUGAUCUGUCUUAAGGUAGCAGGAAGCUGAAGUCAAAGUACAGCAUUAUAUUUUAUUAAUCUAAAGUGAAAGUACUAUAUUAUAUUAAUCUAAAGUGAAAGUACUAUAUUAUAUUAAUCUAAAGUGAAAGUACAGCAAGAAGUGAUGAUUAUACUUUUGAAAUCAGAUUAAAGGUAUAGUGUGUAAUUUUUUGACAAGAAUUUUGAAAUCCAUGUAGGAAUUAGUUACCGUAUUAUGGGUUUUUUCCGCGGGUAUAAAAUUUGGUGAUUUGCUGGCUCAAAGGUAUGCAACACGUAAUAAUUUUAGCGGAAUAAAUUUUGGUGAACAGGGAAGAGUUGUCUCUCUGUCAAAUACUUAAGUCACAAUUGGGUGCAUAUUUGGCAAAUGAAAUUUUGGCGAAAAGCUAUCUAAUCGCUAAAAUAAGCCAAGAUUAUAAUCCUGCGGGAAAAAAACGCUAUAUGGUUUUUAGGGGCAUCAAAAUGACCUCUUUGCACUUCAAAUAAACUGCAACAAAUUAUUAUAUGGUAUUACUAUUUUCAGGAUACAUUAUACAGAAUACAAAGUUUUGACCUUUGUAAUUAGAAUUUCUAUAAAAAUUCUCAUAGUUAGCAAGGCUGGAAUGUAGUGGAAAGAAAAUUGAAAUCCAUGUUGGGAAUUCAGGAAUAUGUCAGCACAAACAUUUGACUGACUCAAGAUUGUGUGGUUGAGUGUAUGCAAUGUUUAUAUACAAUGUUCUAUAGAGGUCUUAUUAUGAUGAGUUACCAGUAUAGACAUCGAACCUCGCACUACCUUGAAUUUAGCAGUGCUGAUAUUUGUGUUAGCUUCAUAACAAGAACAUUUUUCUACUUUCUUUACCCAUCAAUUGAAAUUUUGUUGGUAAUAUCAGCUACCGUGUAUCAAUAAUUUAAACAUGUUUUGGUAUUUUGCUUUAACAUACAGAAUUUACAUUUAUUAAAGUUAAUACCGAGUUCUGAUGUAUACAUAUAGUAUAUGUUCAUUCUGCAUAAUGGAACUCAAUGGUUUAAUAAAUGUCUACCUACCCACUU